AUGAAUAAUCAAGCGUUUUCCAGCCGUAAGCGCCUCGAGGAAUUGGCUGCAAGCGUGGGUGUUUCUAUGAGCAAUUAUCUCCCAAUCCUCAAUAGAAACGCCAUUUUUUCUUUUAGCCAUCAGGAUAAGGAAGCGGCUGAGAGCCUUGCAACUCGCAAAAGAUUAGAAACUUUCUCGUCGAAGUCACAUAUCUUCCGACGCACCCCAAGCCAACGCAAUUUCAAGAAACAGGAGCUCUAUGUCGCGAUCGAGACCGUCAUCAGGGAAAACGGACCCGUCGGUGUUCUGGAAUGUUUACUGACGCAAGCCAAAGAUGCAAAGUCUAAAAAGAACAUAUUCAAAACCGAUACCCAGGAGUUCCACGUGGGCCCGCUUCUGGAGCUUGCAAUAGGACAUCGACGGGCCGAUAUGGUAUCAAUACUGGCUCCUCAAGCGGAUCCGGCGUCUGUGAAUAGUUGCCUUCGAUGUGCAACCGCAUCUGCCAAUCUAGAUUGUGUCAAGGCCCUGCUUGAAAACGGGGCAGAUCCAAAUUCUUGCCAAGAAGAGUUCAUUGAAAAUAUAACCAGUGGAAACAUUCCUCUCGUGAAACUUUUACUAAGAGCAGAGAAACGGCUUAAAAUUUCGUGUCUUGAUGAAGCCCUUCCGAUAAUGGUAUCGAAAGGACCGCUUCAGCUUGUUAUUAUCCUUCUUCAGCAAGGUGCCAAUGCGGAUUCAGCUGGACUGUUCGAAUCUGUUGUUGAGGGUGGAAGGAUUGAUCUUAUCGCCGCCUUUGUCUCAGCUAAGCGGCCUCCGUCACGAGCAUCUCUCAGCCGCGCUCUCGGAGUCGUUCUCCGUGGGUCAACAGUAGUGACGGAAGAACAACGUUUGAUCAUCGAAAUGCUUCUUUGCGCCGGCGCAUCUGGAGAGAACGUCAACAAAAUCCUAAUGCGAUCGAUCUCUACGAAUGAUCGGAACCUCGCUUCCACGGUGGUUUCGUAUCGCGAGGUGAUCUCAUAUGAUCCUUCGGACGCAAUAAUUGAAGCCGUAAAGAAAAAUGACAUGGAGAUUUUAAGCAUUAUUUUCAAUGGAAAACUUGACAGUGACUGCGCGUCUGCUCUACUGGCCAAGUUUUCUAAAGUGUCGGUGACUUUGGCGUCAUCGAGAAAGCUUUGGAUAGUGUCAACCUUAGUUAAAUACGGGGCUACUGGCGUUCCGCUGCAUGAGUAUUUGGUUAAUUCCGUCCAACGAAAUGACGAACUGUUGGUCAGAUUUUUAGUGGAUCACGGAGCAUCCGUUGACUACCAGGAUGCAAAGGCACUUCGUCUUGCCAUGUCCUCAAAAAAUCUUCAAAUCUUCAAGAAACUCCUUGGCGGGAAACCAUCUCAACCCUCCUUUUCGCUAUGCUUUCGCUUGUUACCAACAUUGCCCCCAAAUUUACAGCUGGAUUUGGCGUCAGAACUAUUAGCUGCUGGGGCCCAAGGUCAAGAGGUCGACAAGACGCUCGCAAGGGUGUUUUCUGACAACGUUACACUCGAACGACACCAGUUCCUUGAGUUACUCGUGAGACAUGGCGCGGAUGUUAACAUCAAGGAUGGUUAUUGUUUCCAAGAAGCAGCAAGAUUGGGAGACAUCGUUUCUCUAAGCACCUUACUCAAAGGCAGUCUAAGUGAGUUAUCACUUUGCAGAGCUCUCACUCCGGCAAGCAAACUGUCUCCCAAAGAACUACGGUUCACCAUCGUGGAUUUGCUUCUGUCAGCAGGCGCUCGUGGACCAAUGGUGGAUGCGCAAUUGGUUGAGCUAGUUCAGGAAAUUCCUGUCGAUAUCGUUUUGAUUAGUCUAGUUCUCGAGAAAGGGGAAGCAAAUAUCAACACGGAUGGUGGUAAGGCUGUGCAUCAUGCGUGUCGGAAGGCAGAUCAUAAACUCCUGGAGCUUCUGCUGCAGUAUCGGCCAACAACAAAGACCCUGGACGCGGCUUUCCUUACAGCGACCUCUUUGGAAGACCCUGCCGUUCGUUAUGAGAUAUGUCAUAAGCUCCUCAAUGCUGGUGUAAAAGGAGCAAUGCUGGACGCGUCAUUAAUCUGUGAACAGCAAUCUCCGUCAAGCAACAUGAGUCUACUGGAGCUACUUCUCGAUCAUGGGGCGAAUAUUAAUUUUAACAACGGUGCUGCUAUCCGAAAUGCUAUAAAGCAGUCUGAUGAGCAGCAGCUUGUGCUUCUCGCAUCUAGAAUGCCUUCACGCCAGACAGUAAUUGGUGGCCUGGAAUUAUUGCUCCGUACUAAUACCGUCAAGAGGUACGAGAUGGCCAAUAUUUUGUUGAAUGCAACAGAUAUCUCCGUAUCCGAGGCUUUGAAUCCCAUGCUCCCUGAGGUGAUCAGAUUAGAUAUUUGGAAUCAUCGCCUUCUGAAGCUUUUUAUUCAGCACGGGGCUUCGGUAGAUUAUCAGCAGGGUAUGGCGAUACGCAAAUCGAUCGACAAUGAUUAUAUCGAUGCUUGUGAAUUAUUACUGGGUCAACCUGUCUCUUCGGACACACUUGAAACUGUUUUUGGGUCUUGUUUGGCGAUUGAAGGUCCACGACGUGUUCAAUACGCAAAGCUGGUCCUCCAAGCCGGUUUUCAUGGACGAUGUGUAGAUGAAGCACUCCUUAAGAUUGUCCAAGAAAAGCCCUGUGACAUGGAUAUGGUCAUACUUCUCUUAGGGCAUGGCGCUUCGGUCCACUUUGCGAAUAGUCAAUGUAUUGUUCACGCGGCUCUGUCUCGGGAUGAUUUAAUCCUGAGACUCCUUCUAGAAUCCGUUUCAGAUAAAAUAGCUGUGACAUAUGCGUUUGGAAAGACAAUAUCGGCCGGUAUAACUUGGCUUUCAGCUUCUGGUUUACCAACCAUCGAAUUGUUACUACGCCAUGGUGCAACCGGGGAGGCACUCAAUCUGGCCCUAAUCGCGGCAGUUGAAAAUGCAGCAAUGAACCCCGAGGUGGCAAAGUUUGUAGACCUUUUCCUUGAAUUUGGAGCUAGGGCCGAUUACCAUGAUGGUCGUGCACUGAGAGCUGCGAUUUCAAAAGGCCAAAUUUCGCUGACCAAAAAGAUUAUGGAUACAUGCCCUUCGAGCAAGAGUCUUGCAAUCGGACUCACAUGUGUUUUUAGUUCUGACCUGUCUGAGGAUGUCAGUUUGAAAUUGAUUGAAAUUCUCACUCAAAAUCAGGCCGACGUUGAUGCCAUGGGCACUUUGUGGUGUUCAGAUGGAUUGCAAAAAGAAUCUCCCGUUCUUCUAUGCCUUCAAAAAUGGCCACGAGGAACGAAGAUCCUGGAAAAGCUUUUGCAGAGCGGCAUGAACGUAAACCAGAUAACCUCUUAUACGAUAGAGAAUGAUCAUGGACUGGAACAUGUUUCUCUUCUUUUAUGGGCGUUGUUGCAGCCACAACAGCGUAUAAGUUCAUACGCGAUUGAGUGUCUACUGAAGCAUGGAGCGGACCCCAACUUUCAAUCUACAGGCUCUUGGAAGUCCCCUCUCCUCAUAGCAUCAAUCGAAAGAGCCCCUGAUGUUGUUUUACAGCUUAUCCGUCAUGGCGCAGAUGUUUCGAGGGGCGACGCGGCUGGAAAGUCUCCACUCUUUUACGCUAGCAGACGUAACCAGAUUGAUAUAAUACGCCAUCUUAUCGACGCUGGCGCUACUGUCGAUGAUGGGAGUCUCCAUGAAGCGGCACAGGCCUUGAGCCCCGAUGCUGUUCAACUCCUUAUUUCUUAUGGACAUGAUCCCAACUUUCCAUCAAUGUUACACGAUGGUCGAGGUGCACUAGCAAACUUGAGUCUCCACGCCUCUGAUGCUAGGUUGCCUGUUUCUGGAAUCAGGAAGACCAUUGACGCUCUAAUUGCUGGCAAAGCAGACCUAAGAGCACAGAGUCAGGGAAAAUCUCUCCUUUUCCAUGCAUUGGAUAAUCCAGGAUCCUGUGUCCAUGUCACGACGGCCCUGCUGGCAAGUGGAAUGUGGAAACUAGUUAAUGACAGCUGCAAUAUCUUUACCAGCAAUAACUAUGUCUACUCACCCUCGAUGUACAUCAAGAAGAACCUCCAAAACAGCCCAAGAGAGCUUGGUCCACAGCUUCUUCAUAUCCUGAAGGCUCACAAUUGCAGGGAUGUGUACUAUCGGCUCACUAGCCCUCAACCGUCAGACAUGGUUAACGGCCCGCCAGAAAUUAUGGCAGAGGAAAGCCGAAGACAGGCCCGAGUCAAACGUCUCCAGGAUCAAGAAGAAGAACACCAAAUGCAGCUCAGACAAAAUGAGGACCUUGCAAAUCAGCAAGACAUACUGAUGACGCGAACACACAAUCUGCGGAUUCAACACGAUCGCGAGCUUGCAGACGAACGAGAGGCAAACGCUGAGCGCUUUGCAAAACAACAGCUUCGUCUUGAUGCCGAAUCUGCAGCGCAACGGUCUCGCCUUGCACAACAAAAUCGUAUGCUAGAAUUUGAACACACGAAGACCCUUAGCCAACUUCGCCUGCAGGCACUCGAACAGCACGCCCGGCUGCAAAUUGCCAAUGCGCAAGAAGUUGCACAUAUAGAACAGGAACUGGUCGAUAAGAAACUGGCCACGGAGAUUCAACGAAUUAGAGAGCUCGAAGCUGCUAAUGACAGGCAGUACAAGAGAGAUUCUGAUAUUCUUUGUAGGCAGCAAAGGCUAUGGGCAGAAAGGAAAGGGAUAAUGAGUGAAGAUAGGGGAAUCACUCCUGGGAAUGCGAGUGGCACGAUGUCCCCAGUGAAGGGGCUAACCUAUCAGGGUGCAGAAUUGGAUUAGCUGAGCAAACUCCAGGCAA